GUAUAGUUUGCAUUCCAGGAGGAAGUCUCGCGUGCCCCUAACGUUAAAGAAUCCUUUGGGAAAAACAGGAUAGUUUCCGCGUUGCUCUCAGUUGGCAACGGUCAAGAUGGAAUACGCGCCUCUCCUUAUGCUCCUUGUGGCCUACGCGUCAAAAAGCGCGGAGCCUGCCGUCGACUCUGGUCUCCAGACGCCUCAGCCCGGACAGUCGUCAACUUCAGAAAGCGCCUUCGGCGGGGCGCAGCGAGCCGAGUCGAAAGAUUUCCAGAACGGUGCGCUCUGGAAAUCUUUCAGUGAUGCGCUCAUUUCGAGCGGCCGUACCGAUCAGCCGGCUCAAUCUGAAGCGAUCGAGUCAUCGGAUGAUCCGAAAAACCUGGAAAAAUUAUCUCAGGUUGCUAACAAUGGAGGACCGGGCCACCUCCCUCGGAACGCGUCCCUAAACGAGGAUGGAGGGACUGAGCCAACCGACGCACUCCUGCAGGCUCACGACACCCUCUCAGUCGUCCAUAUUUUUGCCCAUCGCGAACCCAUCCCUUCGUCGCACGCUUCGUCCUCCGAGGUGUUCGCAGAUCCAACCGAAAAGAACCUGUCCCCGAAACACCAGCUCCGGCUGCCAGCUUUCGGACCUUUCCCGCCGAACUACGCGUCCGAUCCACAUGGACCCCGGUGCACCAGACGCGACGUGACUCGGUUUUUCUGCGACUUUGAGGAACACAACUGCGGUAUGCGCAACCAGAAGAACAUACCAGGCCACUUCAACCGUGAGUCGAACGGACUGGCAAACCGACGAGGCCACUACUUGGUCGUCCACGCCAAGUCCGUUCGAUACAACGUGGCCCGCAUCAUCACGCCUUACCUGCCGGGCUAUCCUCGCGCCAAAGCCUGCCUGAGCUUCUCCUACGUCAUCCAUGGCGGGGGCGCUAGCAGGAUCGAGGUCAUUGCCCAAGACACCGCCAACCAUCACCUCUUCAGGCUGAAGCAAGAUGGAUCCGAAUGGAGAAACAUCCAGUACACCAUAAAGGUGCGCCAAGAUGUGCGAUUCUUCAUCGAAGCCUACACGACAGGCCGCGCGGAAGGUGUGAUUGCUAUCGACAACUUUGGGUUCAACUUAGCGCCGUGUCCAAAAUAUUAACAUCGAUAACGGUCCCCUGAACGAGAGGGAACUGGCUGCUGGCGCGGGCCCACGGAGACGUGAGCACUGGGCCGCCACCGCGGGUGGCUGUGCUGUCCACCGUGCCUACCGUAAACCGCCGAACCACGAGGGGAAAAAAGACCCUUCUGCAACACCGGACUUCUACUGAACUACCGCGACCAGGCCCUCGCAAGACCAUGAUGUGGACCAAUAAACAGCCUCAUGAGA